AUGGCGGGCCAGAAUGGUAUGAAAACUCGGCGCCCCGUAGGGAAGCAGCAAGAUAUUGGGCCCGGGGAUGCGCCCGCAUCUUCGCUUAUCCCGACUAAUCUUGCACCCCAUUUGGCACCUGGAACCGACCGCGAACAUGGCAUUGAUCGCGAGACCUUCUCACAAUUACGCCGGGAAAUCCUCGGCCAAAGCGAGAAUGGCCAAACAAACCUUGACAAUAACGUCCAUGAUAUCUACAAUCUAAUAUACGUGGUGGUCAAGGCCGGGCUUGAGCCGUCCCUCAAACCUCAAAAUGUGAGGGCCUCGGGGGAGGAUCUUAUUGGCCAGACUCUCGACUGCCUUGAUAUCAUCCGCCUUGCAAUACAGAGGGCACCUGUUGUUCUUCAUGAGAAUUCAAAACCAGAGAUUCUAGGGAAGACUAUCCCUGAGUCACCAUUGUUUGUGUGGCUUCUGUCACCCCUUCUGUCUCUCCUUUGCUCUUGGGAUGAGAGAAGCAUACAAGAUAAGGUCUGCCAGGUCGUGUCUAUGAUAUACAGCGCCCAAUUCAAAAUUAUUCAACUAUGCUACUCAGCAAAAUCAAUAUCUCGGUUCCUCCAGGCCUGUAUCGGGGUUGAUCUCUCAUUACCUGACUCCAGAGCAUCUUUACUGCGCGAAAGUUUUAAUCGUGGCCUACACUUUGAAGUAAGGUUAUGGAAGGCAGUUUUUGAAUGGCUCGAAAUAAACACAGUUCCUGAGGAAGAGCCGAGGCUGACCGGCCUCUUGGUUGAAUUUGUCUCCUUUUCUCGAAAGCUAUGUUCAUAUGCUAUCCGGCUAAGUUCACGCAUCGACCAGAAGGUGCUGCAUAUAUUGUUCCAAUGUGGGGUUGACCUCCUAGUCUCGGAAACAUUGAAGAGGAGCUUUGAGUUGCAGCAGGUCUUAUCUGAAUUUCUCACUGAAGUUAUUCGAUUGAGUCAGCUGUUUGCAGGAAUAGAAGAUCUCGUUGAGGACCUUUUCUUUCACGCCCUAUCUGAUCUUAAGGCUGAUACUGAAGCUUUCCAAGCCCUACACCAGUCGCUUCAGCAUGUCGUCCUGAGGGUGAUGACUGGGGAACACCGGGCAAAGUUAGCAUCUAAAGUACCGCGACGUAUUGGGUUAUGUGAUAAAGAUAGGGGAUCUACUAGUCGCUCAAAUGGACCACCUGGAAAUGGGACAACCGCGACUGGAGCAUUAGAUCCUGCAAAUGAAAGAGCGCGAAAACGACUUCGCUUAUCCGAUACGCAGGAUGCGGAUGUUGAUUCAGAUCUUCCAAAUACUAUAUCUAACACUAUUUAUAGCGCACUUGGUACUUUCCCCGCAAAUGGACUCGAGGACUUAGAUGAGGAUUCUCUACACGAAUUCGCAAACUUAUCCCCCAACGAUAAAUGCAAUACAAUUGCAAAUCUGGGAAGGCUAGCCUGUGCCUGGGCAAACAAUCUAAAGGGAGAAGAGUAUGGCAAUAUCUCAGGUCAAAUUUUUACGUGCAACUUUGGGCAUUUGAGGGACAUUGUCGAGGGGAUUCUUCCGAAAAUCCAUGACUCGGGGAGGUGCAGAGUCUCCGCAUUGAUUGCCAUUCGAAAUAUCAUGAAUCAUGACCCGAUGGGCAAGGAUGAUAGGCUAGGGGUAUCCCCAUUUGGAGAAUAUUGUCUUCAGUCCCUCAAAAGUUCCAUUAGAGAAUUGCGGAUAGCUGCUGGAAGGACGAUGGCGUCUUUUCUAAGGGGCCCCCGUAGCUCGGAUAUUCGCCGCAACAAUUUUGUUGUAGCUUUAGAAUAUUUGCACAAGAUUUUCGAGAAGAACGAGCUAUUUAUGCAGGAAACAUGCGUUAUGGCCCUGCGGCGAGUUGCUGAGAUUUCUGGUGAUGAAGAAAUGAAUAUCGUACUCCUUCGGAUGCUCGAAUAUCUAGGCCACGCCAACCCAUUCAUUAGCGCUGUAGCUUAUACGGAGAUAUCUAAAUUAGCCAAUUCCUUGAAAAUGACUCCUGCGGCACUUUUUAGACCCUUCUGGAGGACACUCUCUGUCCUGGUCGUCAAGAAUUUCCACGCUCGACCACAAAUGGCAGAUCAAUUAUGCGAUCUACUUGGGAUGGAGGUUAACGGAUUUUUACGACUAACUACAAUCCAUACCUUACCAUACCUUGUACUAACGAGGAAGAAAGAUAUCAUCACACGUAUUGCCAUGACUCACGACAAGAAAUCAGUUUCUGAAUUAAUCAAGACCAGAUCCAAUCUUGCGUCAAUCCUUGCUCUCUUGCUCGUCCAGCCUCUUCCUAACCCCGAGACAGCGAUUCCAUCGAUUCUUAAAGAACUGUCUGUGAAAUUUAAUGAUCCCACUCUUUCCAAGUUGGUUCGGUCUGAAUGCGUCCCAAUAACAUGCGAGCUACUACGGGGGCUUGGUGAUUCUGGCGAAGGGAAGGGCUCAAAGUAUAAUGACGCCCUUGAAUAUAUUGCAUCCAUUACCCCGCGGCAGGAUGGCAAUGCAGUGGCUGCAAAAGCAGAUAAUCUAGCUGUCUUUAUCGAAGAGCACGUCCUAGGAGUGGUUACAGAAUUCGUUCAUGUCAUUAAUGAUUUUCAAAUUCUACAACCGAUACCAGAGAAGAAACGAGAUAUUGUUGCCAUGGGAGAAAUGAUAAAAAUUGCGAAAGGGAAUAUCAGCAUUGCGUUGCCACAGAUUUGCGCCUGUUUGCGGUCCGCCCUUGAUGCGGAUGAGCUUCGUGACCAUGCAUUCGCGACAUGGAAUAUUAUGAUAUUCGCUCUCAACGAUGUCGACCUUGAGCCAUUGAUUGAUCAAACUUUUGCAAUUAUUCUGAAAUACUGGUCUGUUUUAUCUGACAAAAGCAGAGAAAGUGAAGUGGAGCUGGUAGAUUACAUUCUUAGUGAUCACGAAAACACGGUCAUUGCCGUAUCGGAGACCCUUCCGUCUCUAGCAUCGAUACCUGAACUCGCAGAACAAGACAAGGCCAUCGAGAAAGUCAAAAAUGGUAUGGAUAUUCGAAGCAACUUCGUGGCCCUAUGCCGACGGUGCCAAAGUGAUAAUUUUGCAGUCGUUGAACGAGCCAUGGUUGAAUUUUUGGCAAAUCUCGUCAAACACGAAGAGUUUAUCCAUCGUUCUGUGUUUAAUGAACAACCGAAUAAAAGCCUUGUCGGAAAGGUAACACGAACGCUAUUGGAUUGCUGCGUCAAAUAUAGCUCAAGUUCUCCAAUGAUAGUCUCGCUUUCAGCGCAGUGUCUGGGCCACAUAGGCUGUCUCGAUCCCAACCGUAUUGAGUCAGUCAAGGAGAAAAAGGAUAUAGUCGUUUUGUCCAAUUUCGAGAGGUCAGACGAAACCCUCGACUUCAUUAUAUUUUGCUUGCAAAAUAUUCUUGUCGAUGCCUUCCUGGCUGCAUCUAACAGUCGUACGCAAGGCUUCCUUGCUUAUGCUAUGCAGGCGCUCUUGACCACUGGUAACUUAAGUACCGCCGUUCCUCCCCGGUCCCAGGAUCCUCAAUCUAGCGACUUAUAUCGUCGCUGGCUGGACCUCCCAGAGCUCUCCAGAAAUACAUUGACCCCUUUCCUCAACUCCAAGUACUCUGUCACAAUCGGUGCCAUCAGCACAUCUUGUUGCUAUCCUCUAUUCUCUCCUUCAUCAAACCACUCCGAAUGGUUAAGGACCUUUGUUCUUGACAUGCUUCAAAAAGGCAAAAGCACAAAUAUUCAAAUAAUUUUUAGCGUUUUUAGCCGUAUCAUUCGGACCCAGGAAAAAUCUAUCUCUGUCUUUUUACUCCCAUUUGCUGCUCUCAAUGUCGCAGUAAGCGCCAUAGACGAGGAGCGAGAGCAUCUAAAAGGAGAGCUUACCAACAUUUUGGAAUGCCCCCUGCCCGAACAUAAGGGGCCAGAGCGCGAAAAUUUGAUUUUAUUUAGCGAGAGCGUGUUCACCGUUUUAGAUUACUUGUCUCGCUGGCUACAGGGAAAGAAAAAGGAGUACACGAGUAUCACUUCUAUCGGUAACCACGCCAGCCGCAGCCAGAAAGAAACACUUGCGGAAUCAACUGCGCAGAUAAAGAGAGUGGAGCAGCUAUUGUCCUGCAUACCAGCUGAAAUAAUUUCAAAGAGGGCGGUUGAAUGUAAGUCGUACGCCAGGGCACUCUUCCAUUGGGAACAAUAUAUACGGCAACAAAAAUCACGACCAGAGACAAAUGCUACUCAGCUUGAAUCGCUUUACCAAAGGCUGCAAGAUAUAUAUACCCAGAUUGAUGAGCCCGAUGGAAUCGAAGGCAUAUCGUCCCACCUCCACGUUCUUGACCUUGACCAGCAGAUCUUAGAACACCGAAAUUCAGGUCGAUGGGCUGCUGCCCAGAGUUGGUACGAGUUGCAGUUAAAUAAAUCGCCCGGGGAUAUCGAUGCCCAACUCAAUUUGCUGACGUGCUUGAAGGAAUCUGGACAGCAUGGCGUACUCCUCAAUCAGUUUGACUCCCUGAAAAAGAACGAGGCAAUAGUACCAAAGAUGCUCCCUUUUGCCAUUGAGUCUGCAUGGGUAACAGGCAAAUGGGGAAAGCUAGAGAAGCUUACUUCAGGCCCUCGCAAUGAGAUCACGGCGGACUUCAAUAUUGGAAUCGGCGCAGGACUUGUUGCAUUUAGCCAGGGGAAACAGGAAGAGCUGGAGAAAAUCAUUGACGAGCUUCGGUUGAAUACUGCAAGGGGCUUCACACCGAAUUCUGUCGCAACUUUCCAAGCCAGCCAUGAUAGCACCCUCAAAUUACACGUCCUCACAGAAAUAGAUCUCCUAACCUCGGGGUCUUACGCUAAUUCUUCGAAUGAUCGAACUGCACUUUUCAGUAUUUUGGACCGUCGUUUAGAAAUGCUGGGUGGUUGUAUUUCGGACAAACAGUACAUACUUGGAAUAAGACAGGCCAUAAUGGAUUUGUCUCCUACAUAUGACGAGUUAGAAGUUGCAUCCGUAUGGCAACGUAUUGCACGAUUGGCGCGGAAGGCAAACUGGACAGAUCAAGCUUUCAAUGCAGUGCUUCAUUCCGCACAGCUUAACGAUAAAUCGUCCACAAUAGAAUAUGCAAGACUACUGUGGAAAGAGGGUCAUCACAGAAAGGCUAUUCAAACCCUGGAAGGGGCAAUUGCCGCCAAUGCCUUCGGCUCGUAUGACCGCACCGGUGGCGGUGAUCACGCCGUUCCUGUUCCUAUGGAUGGUCAUAAACAGAACAUACUAAUGGCUAGGGCUCAUCUUUUACUCGCCAAGUGGAUGGACAGCGCCGGACAGACUCAGUCAGAAGUCAUCAUCUCAAGAUAUCGACAGGCUAUCAAUUACUACUCAAAGUGGGAAAAGGCACAUUACUACUUGGGUAAACAUUAUACUAAGAUAUUGGACUCCGAAAAGUCCAAACCCCUGGGAAAAGAGGGGCAAAAAUAUCUUAGCGGCGAAGCCUCAAAGUUGAUCAUCAACAGUUAUCUCAGAUCUCUUGCAUACGGGAAUAAAUACGUUUUCCAGACUCUGCCUAAAGUUCUAACUCUAUGGCUAGAACAUGCCGCAGCUGUCGAUCAACCAUUUGACCCAAAACGAGGAGACAAUGAGGAUUUCCAAAGACAUAAUAUGUCGCAGCGAAAGAAGAACCUGGACGAGAUGCACUCCCAGCUCAAAAAAUAUACUAAUCGAAUCUCGCCAGCAUUGCUCUUUACAAUUCUACCUCAAGUGGUGGCCCGUAUAUGUCAAUCAAACGCGACGGUUUAUAAUGCACUUACUUUGAUGAUCGUGAGGACUGUGGUUGCAUUUCCACAACAAGGGCUAUGGACAGUGCUUGCAGUACUGAAGUCUUCUUCAAAAGACCGCGCCUCUCGUGGAAUCGCCAUCCUCCAGAAGAUAACAACGUUCCGUGCUUUUCCUCCUGAUACCGUAACUAUUGAAGCCGUCCUAGAUGAAGCUCUGGUCCUGAAUUCGCUACAGAAGCCGCGUAAGAUAAGCAUACGUGGAUCAGAUGGCAAAAUUUAUAGUCUUCUAUGCAAACCGAAGGACGACCUCCGCAAAGACCAACGGUUGAUGGAGUUCAACAGCAUGAUUAAUCGGUUCCUCAUGAGGGAUCUAGAAACAAAUAAACGCCGCCUGUAUAUAAAAACAUACGCAGUCACCCCCUUGAAUGAAGAAUGCGGCCUCAUCGAAUGGGUUGACAAUCUCAGGACUCUCAGAGAACUUGUGAUCAAACUUAAUAAGGAGCGAGGUGUCACCCCAAAUUACUCCGAAAUACGCAGAAAUUUAGACGAGGCAUGUUCAGAUGAGUCCAAGCUCCCAAUAUUUACACAGAAAGUGUUAGCAAGAUAUCCACCAGUCUUACAUGAAUGGUUUGUCGAAACUUUCCCUGAGCCGGCCACAUGGUUCGCGGCACGUUUGAAAUACACUAGAUCUAGCGCCGUGAUGUCUAUCGUUGGGUAUUCGCUCGGGCUUGGUGACAGACAUGGAGAAAACAUCUUAUUCGAAGAGGGCACAGGGGGCAUUCUACAUGUCGACUUUAAUUGUCUUUUUGAUAAGGGGCUAACAUUCGACAAACCUGAAUUGGUUCCAUUCCGAUUAACACAUAAUAUGACUGAUGCAUUCGGGGCAUACGGGUAUAAUGGUCCUUUCCGGAAGACUUGCGAGCUCACCUUGGAUCUUCUUCGGCAAAAUGAAGACUCUCUCAUGACUAUCCUUGAAACCUUCUUGCACGACCCGACAACAGAUUUCAUUGGCAAAAAGAAGCGAUAUAAUCCUCGUGUCCCAGAUACGCCUGAGGGUGUCCUUGAACUUGUCCGCAACAAGCUUCGUGGUCUCCUCCCCGGAGAAUCUGUCCCGCUCUCGAGCUUCUCCUCCUACGACGCGGUGGACUGUCUCUCCGCGGACGUCUCGUACGCGGUGGAGUUUGUGACGGUGACCUUGAAGAGUAGGAUGGAGAUCGGGCCCGGCCAGCUGGAGACCUUGACCUUGACACUGACCGUGGGCGAUAUAUGUCGUGUCGGUCAGUACCACGGCCGCCCCGGAAUCUCCCGCGGGGAGGAGGUGAGCGAUAUCGUGAAGAAGACGGAGGCGGCGGUCUUCCCGAGUCCAAGAAAGCUGCUGAACCACGACCAAAUCCUCCUCCAUACCUUCCGUUCCCAUACUCUGGACGGGGCGGCCUGGUUGCAGGGGGCGGAGAGCGCGAAAAUGUGCGACGUGGGAGAAUUAUAG